AUGAUUCGCGGCUCCAGUGCAUUCUACAAAAAACAGGAUGCCCAUAUUCAUGAGUUGGAAAAACUGACAGGCUUGGAGAACAUAGAAGAUGAAUCCACCACAGAAGAACCGAUUCCAAACAAUCCUGACAAAGUUCACUUUCGGGGCCAGGUGUCCAAUAUGGUUAUAAUGCGCGUGGUUUUCUUCUCUAACUUG